AUGGGGGCUCUCCACGCCGGCCAUUGUUCACUUGUCCAAAAAUCUUUGGAGAGAGAUGAUGCUACGAUUGUUUCAAUAUUCGUCAACCCAUCUCAGUUUGCUCCCACCGAGGAUUUCGACGUUUACCCCAGAACUUUCGACUCAGAUCUGGAGAUCCUGGACUCUUUGGAGUCUAGGUCUGAACAAGCCCACGAUUGGAAAAAAGUAGCUGCCGUUUUUGCCCCAAAGGUCUCUGAAAUGUAUCCAAAUGGCAUCCCGCUUGAUGUGUCCAAACAGGUGGGCGCUUUCGUCUCGGUACAAGGUCUAGGUGACAAACUGGAAGGAGCCACUCGUCCCCAGUUCUUCCGUGGGGUUGCCACUGUCGUCACUAAGUUGCUGAACGUGUGUUCGCCAACGAGCGCAUAUUUUGGCCAGAAGGACAUUCAGCAGACCGUUGUUGUAAAGAGACUCGUUCAAGAUCUGUUGAUCAACACCGAGAUAGUUGUUGUUCCUACCGUUCGUGAACAGUCCGGUCUAGCCCUAAGUUCUAGAAACUCAUAUCUCGCCAAUGAUGUCAAAAACGAUUCAGCUGUGAUCUCACAGUCAUUACAGAAAGCCGAGAUUGCAUAUUAUGAACAAAAAACCAGGGACGCCUCCGAAAUUCGCCAGAUAGUGCUGGACAAGCUGUUACCAUAUACCAAUGGAGAUCUGGCUGCCUACAGGCUUGAUUAUAUCUCUGUGAACCACCCUCAAACCCUCGAGCAAUUGAAUGAGGUUGUUCCUGGUGUCGGUGCAGUUCUUUCAAUAGCAAUCUACGUUCCAAAUGCUGGUGGUUCAGAAACCAGGUUGAUAGAUAACGUGGUGUUGAAAUGA